GACGUGCGUCUUCGACUCCAUCCCUGUGGCGGACAAGUUAUAAGAUGAUCGGGCGCUCUCUUUUUCUUCUUCUUUAGGUCCUUCUCCCUCGAUCGAUGGUGAGGUCGCCGAAGCCAACGCCGGAGGACGACGUCCACCACCGGGCGGCCCCGGCCGCGGCAGGGAGACGGAAGGGUACCGUCAACCGGGCGUGGCUGGUUUUGUCGGACUCCGGACGGUCGUACCACGAGGAGGUGGGGAAGCACUCCAUCAUGCGGCGAACGGGGCUCCCCGCCCGCGACCUGCGGGUCCUCGAUCCUUUGCUCUCCUACCCGUCUACGAUACUCGGACGGGAGCGGGCCAUCGUCAUCAACCUGGAGCACAUCAAGGCCGUCGUCACCGCCACCGAGGUGCUCAUCCCCAACUCAAGUGACCCCUUGGUCGCCCCUUUCGUCCAGGACCUUCAAUCCAGGGUCUCCAGUUCCUACGGCGCCCCUCAGCAGGAGGCUCAAGACACUGGCGAUUUAGAUGGGGAGGUUAUGGGAAAGUCUACAUCAUGCUGGCCUUCCUUUCCUGGUCAGGAAAUGAGACAUGGAUCUGGAGUCUCUAAAGAGCAUGGUUCCUUAUCUGGUGAUGUGUCACGAGGCAGCCCAAGUCCUGAAUUAGAUGUCACCGAUGAUGGGAGUACCAAGGUGGCACCUUUUGAGUUCAGAGUUCUUGAAGUCUGUCUUGAGUCUGCUUGCAGGUGCCUUGAGUCCGAGACACUAGCCCUAGAACAAGAGGCAUAUCCAGCUUUGGAUGAAUUGACUUCGAAAAUAAGCACACUUAACCUUGAGCGUGUAAGACAAAUCAAGUCUCGCUUGGUGGCAAUAUCUGGGCGCGUCCAGAGGGUGAGGGAUGAACUUGAACAUUUACUGGAUGAUGACAUGGACAUGGCUGAGAUGUACCUAACAGAUAAGCUUGCUAGUCAGCGAGUUGGUGAAUCUUCAUCUAGAAUUAACUUGGAUAAUGAUGCAUCUGAGCAGGCGGAUGAUGGGGAUGAUGAGUUCAGAGUUGAGACAGAGAGCUGCCGUGAAAGUUUUGGAGCCUUAAAGCCUAAUAUUGAGGAGCUGGAGAUGCUUUUGGAGGCUUACUUUGUGCAGAUUGAUGGCACUCUUAACAAGCUAUAUCAUUUGAGGGAGUAUGUGGAUGACACUGAAGACUACAUAAACAUUAUGCUGGAUGAGAAACAGAAUCAACUGCUGCAGAUGGGGGUCAUGCUGAGCACUGCAACGGUGGUGACUACUGCUGGUGUAGUGCUUGUAGGUCUAUUUGGUAUGAACAUUGGCAUCGAUCUCUAUAAUGCUCCAUAUCACAAAUUCUGGGAGACCACCUGGGGCACCAUUGUUGGCUGUGUGAUUCUCUAUGUUCUAGCAAUUGGGUUUGGAAAGAAAAGUGGGCUGCUGCAGUGACCACACUAAUUCUUCUCAUUUUAUGACCGAGAAGGUGCUGAAUGAUUCCAGUCCUGAAUGGUAACUCCGUGCUAGCUUAUAAAUCAGGAAAGGACUGCUGGAAAAAUAAUUUCAUGACACUGGGUAACUCAACAAGAGAGCUUUUCGACCUUGGGGAAGUCUCUUAUUUUUUCUAUUACCUAAUUUUCGUAUACUUUUUAAGAGUUAACUUAGUCUUGCUAGUUAUUUGAUAUUGUGCAGUUGUUUAAAUUGUUAUGAGAACUCUAGGAAUGGUGUCUGUAUGGUUUUUAAUAAUGUUUCAUAUUGUUAUAAAACUCUUAUUGUUUUCAUUUUUUCAAAAAAAAAAUCUGUCAAUUCAAUGAUUGAGAUCA